AUGGCUCUCAGGGUGACAGCAGAUGUGUGGCUGGUGAGACCCUGGUGGUACCUGCACAGGAAAAGGGCGCUGGGCACCAUGGCAACACUGGCCCCCAAGACACUGCAGCCCUUUGAAGCUAUACCGCAGUACUCCAGGAACAACUGGCUGAAGAUGAUACAGAUCCUGAGGGAGCAGGGCCAAGAGAACCUACACCUGGAGAUGCACCAGGCCUUCCAGGAACUGGGGCCCAUUUUCAGGCACAGUGUAGGAAGAACACAGAUCGUGUCUGUCAUGUUGCCAGAGGAUGCUGAGAAGUUGCUCCAGGUAGAGAGUAUGCUCCCCCGUCGGAUGCACCUGGAGCCCUGGGUGGCCCACAGAGAACUCCGUGGCCUGAGACGUGGUGUGUUCUUGCUAAAUGGGGCAGAAUGGCGUUUCAACCGGCUGCGGCUGAACCCAAAUGUGCUGUCACCAAAAGCCGUUCAAAAUUUUGUCCCCAUGGUGGAUGUGGUAGCAAGGGACUUCUUGGAGACCCUGAAAAAGAAGGUGCGUCAGAAUGCCCGUGGGAGCCUUACCAUGGAUGUCCAGCAAAGUCUCUUCAACUACACUAUAGAAGCCAGCAACUUUGCUCUUUUCGGAGAGCGGCUGGGUCUCCUUGGCCAUGACCUGAGUCCUGGCAGCCUGAAGUUCAUCCACGCCCUGCAUUCUGUCUUCAAGUCCACCACGCAGCUCCUGUUCUUACCCAAGAGCCUGACUCGCUGGACGAGCACUCGGGUGUGGAAAGAACAUUUCGAAGCCUGGGAUGUCAUCUCUGAGUAUGCCAACAGAUGUAUCUGGAAGGUGCACCAGGAGCUCAGACUCGGCCAUUCUCAGACCUACAGCGGCAUUGUGGCAGAGCUAAUAUCUCAGGGAGAUUUGCCUCUAGAUGCCAUCAAAGCGAACUCUAUGGAGCUCACGGCUGGGAGCGUAGACACGACAGCAAUCCCCUUGGUAAUGACCCUUUUUGAGCUGGCUCGGAAUCCAGAUGUUCAGCAGGCCCUGAGGCAGGAGAGCCUGGCAGCUGCAGCCAGCAUCGCUGCGAAUCCCCAGAAGGCCAUGUCAGACCUGCCCUUGCUGAAGGCUGCCCUUAAGGAGACCUUGAGGCUCUAUCCUGUUGGUGGCUUUUUGGAGAGAAUUCUAAGCUCAGACUUGGUGCUUCAGAACUAUCACAUCCCUGCUGGGACAUUGGUCCUACUUUAUCUCUACUCCAUGGGCCGAAACCCUGCCGUGUUCCCAAGGCCUGAACGCUAUAUGCCUCAGCGCUGGCUGGAGAGGAAAAGGACUUUCCAGCACCUGGCCUUUGGCUUUGGGGUGCGCCAGUGCCUGGGGAGGCGCCUGGCAGAGGUGGAGAUGCUGCUCCUGCUUCACCAUAUCCUGAAAACCUUCCAGGUGGAGACAUUGAGGCAGGAGGAUGUGCAGAUGGUCUACCGCUUCGUUUUGAUGCCCAGCUCCAGCCCUGUCCUCACUUUCCGGCCUGUCAGCUGGUCACCUUUGCAUCUGGGGUCCUAG